AUGUACACGACGCCGGCGCUGGCCGACGACGUGGCCGACCUCGCCACGGCGCUGGGCCAAAGCAAGAUCAAUAUCUAUGGCGUCUCCUAUGGCACCCGGUGGGGCCUCGAGGUGAUGCGCCGCCAUCCCGACCUGGUGCGGGCGGCAGUGCUCGACGGCGUCUAUCCGCCCCAGGUCAACGGCGAGCAGAACGAGCCCGAGAUCGUGCGCCGCACCUUCGAGCAGCUCUACAAGGACUGUGACGCCGAUGCCGUGUGCCGCGAGCGCCAGCCCAACCUGCGCGCCGCCGUCGAAGGUCUGAUCGACAGCGCGGAGCGCACGCCGCUCGAACUCUCCAUCACGCUGGAGGACGGGCCGCAUCCGGUAAAGCUCGACGGCACGCAGUUGCUGAUGGUCAUGCUCAACAUGAUGCGCGAGGGCGAGGCCGCAUCGAUCCCCGAGAUGGUGACGGCGGUGAAAAAGGGCGACAUGCGGCUGCUCAAGCUCUACGCCGAGGAUCUCGAGACAAACGAUGGCGGGCUGAUGGAGCAGAAUGCCCAGCAGUUCGACGGGCUCUACAACAGCAUCGAAUGCCGCGAGACCUGGCCGAUGGUCGAUCGCACGGCGCGGCGCAAGGCGAUCGAGGCCAACGGCGUCUACGGCCUCAAUGCCCGGGCGAGCAAGUCGCCGACCUUCUGCCCGGUGUGGCGCGUCACGGCCGCGCCGGCGACGGAACGCCAGCCGGUGAAGUCCGAGGUGCCGACCCUGCUUGCUGAGCGGCGGCUACGACUGGCUGACGCCCCCGGCCUGGGCACGCGAGGCCGCCAAGACACUCUCCUCGUCGCGC